AUGUCCCGAGCACGUCUUCUCUUCAGUCGCACGUUCUUCAACUCGUCAUACCGAUCCGUCCGCCAAAACUUCUUUUCCUCCAGCUACCAUGCACAUCACAAUCUUCCCCUCCCCCUCCAAUCGCGUAUCCGCUGGUCUUACCUCUGGUACGCCAGCAUCCUCGCUUUAGGAAUAACAACCGGCCUCGGUGCCCGCCACUUCGCCGCACCUCUCGGUCUCCCAGAGCCUGGUUCACGCGAAGACGAGAUCAUCCUGGAUUCCCUACGUCGCGACAUCGACGCUCUGGAAAUCGUACAGUCGCUACGCUCUCAAUCGUACAACCUACAUACCGACACGGCACUACGGUCAGGGCCGGGAUUGAUGUCUUCGCCGCCGGGAUCGAGUCGGAAGAUAUCAGCGUAUAAAGGGUGGUUAGAGCUAGAUCUUGAUCUGGGGAGAGAAAAUGGAGGGAAGAGAGGUGCACUAGGAGUCAUGAGUGGAACACGGGGAUUGGGUGUGCAAAGAGCAUUUUGGAAUGCGGAGACGAGAGAGAUGGUGGCUGUGGUUUGGAUAGGAGGGGGAUUGGCUGGGUGGCCGGGAGUUGCGCAUGGAGGGGCUAUCGCUACCAUCAUGGAAGAAGUCAUGGCAAGGAUGAUCAGAGGGCCUGAUGGCAUUAACAAGAUCGAGCUAACACGGAAGAUAGAACCAGUCCACCGUCCAGACUCCCUCAGCUUAACCUACGCGAAACCGACAUACAGCCUCGACUUCUACGUCCUCCGUGCUUCUUUCUCGAAACCGGACCUCCCGCAAUCCGAACCGCCGCCUGAGCCUGAAUCGCAACCUACAAAGAGCUGGUUGGGAUGGUUGUCGCCACAAAAGGAUCUUACGAAGAAGACUGAAGCCAAGGGAAAGAAGGAGGAGAUUAUUGCGACGCUGGAGAGUGUAGGUGGGGAUCUUUGUGUCAAAGCGAAGGGCACGUUUAAUGGGAGUAGUCCGGUAUUAUGA